ACAGGAGAGAAGCCCUACACAUGCUCUGAGUGCGGGAAAAGCUUCAAUCGGAGCUCAUACCUUAUCACACAUCGUAGAAUCCACACAGGGAGACCCUACACGUGUUCUGAGUGUGGGAAAAGCUUCACUCAGAGCUCUGCCCUUAUCACACAUAAGAGAAUCCACACGGGUGAGAAACCUUAUGGAUGCUCUGUGUGUGGGAAAUGCUUCAUUGGUAGGUCAGUCCUCAUCUCACAUCAGCAAAUCCACAUGGGAGAGACUCCCUACACAUGCUCUGAGUGUGGGAAACGCUUCAAUCGGAACACUGACCUUAUCACACAUCAAAGAAUCCACACGGGAGAGACGCCCUACACAUGCUCUGUGUGUGGGAAAAGCUUCAAACACAGCUCACACCUUAUCAGACAUGAGAGAAUCCACGCUGAUGAGAAACAUUAUGAAUGCUCUGAGUGUGGGAAACGCUUCAAACACAGCUAUGUCCUGAGUAGACAUCAGAGAAUCCACGCAGGACAGAUGCCCUACACAUGCUCUGACUGUGGGAAAAGCUUUAAUCAGAGCUCUGCCCUGAUCACACAUCAGAGAAUCCACACUGAUGAGAAACCUUAUGGAUGCUCUGAGUGUGGGAAACGCUUCCAGCACCGGUAUGUCCUGAGCAGACAUCAGAGAAUCCACACAGGAGAGACGCCCUACACAUGCCCUGAGUGCGGGAAAAGCUUCAAUCGGAGCUCAUACCUUAUCACACAUCGUAGAAUCCACACAGGAGAGAGACCCUACACAUGCUCUGAGUGUGGAAAAUGCUUCAAUCAGAGAUCACACCUUAUUAAACAUCAGAAAAUCCACAUGAGAGAGAACUGGAACAAAUGCCUUGUCUAGGGCUGGCCAAAGAUUUUUUUUUUUUUUUUAAAUCACAUUUGCUAAUUCCCACAUAGAGAUCUUUGCACCAUCUUCACUGUGGUCUCUGAGCUCCCCCAGAUGAAUUGCCUGUUUCUGCCUUUUGCACCUUACCCUUCUUUGGGAUCAGUCCUGUGAUCUUUUCUAUCAACUCCUUUCCUUUUGAGUCGUAGGAGUGUGUGUCCCACCAGCCAGGAAUGUUCAUCAGCUCCAGGUGGGAGACAGAGAUUUGAUCCCAACAAGCUGCACUGAGGCAAAAACUACCUGGGCCUGACAUCCACUAGGACUGUACAUGGCGUUGGCUUCUCAAGUUAGUGAUCUUGGUGUAAAAAGACAAUUAUAGUUGUAGAGCAGAUGCAGCCCAGGUGCAGUGGUUGGCAUUAGCUUUCCCCUGGACCUGACCUAAACUCAAUCACUUUUCCUAGUCUAAACAAACCCUGAGCAUCACAGUUAAUCUGUUCCCCCAUUUCAAAGCAAUUGUUAGUCAUCAAGUUCCCCCUUUGGGAACAAAUUGUUUCAUUCCCAGUUGCUCUGAUGUUGCUUCAAGUUGUGCUGGAAAGCAGAUAUUUUCACUUCCAUUUUCCUCACUUAAAAUAUAUUGAACUAUAACAAAGAACAGGGCUCGGAUAGGGAAAAAUAUAAUUUCACCCUCUAUAACAACAGAAGAAGAUAGGGUAAAUCAGAGGGAUUCCCUUAUUCCCCAUCACCAUCCCAAUCCCCCUGUUGUUCAAUUGGUUAGGUCAAUAUAUUUUCUAAAGGGCUCAGAAAAGUAUUCCCUAGUAAAUGAUUUGUAACUAAGCAAAAUACCCAUGCAGUUUGUCUCCCAAAGCAGUUGUGGCCCAGGCCCUGCAGGAGUCACUCCUGAAGAUAUCUCCUUCCCAAUCAGUUGCCUAUUAUUUGGGAAAUGCAAUCCCUAGCUAGGUAGAGAUGGGAAAAAGGGAAGUGACAUUUCUGUUCAGCUCACCCCUGGGAGAUGCUGCAAAUGUGUAGAAAAUGAAAUCCGUGUUGAAUAUGAUAUAGCUGCAGAAAGAUAUCUAUUUUUAAUAGAUACCUGACUUUUGUUGUCUUACAGGGAUUCUAAGCUGCACCUGAAUUUAGUCCCUAAUUUAAAUCUGUGCCACCAGAUUAAGGAAAUUAAAGGGCAUAUUUGGGGGAGUUAUAUCUCACUAUCGCUACCCAUAUGUUGUGUGGUUGGUGAAGAAUUCUACUCCAGAGAAGUGUAAUAUUACUCCAAGUAAGGUCAAAGAUUUGACAAGAACUCAGGUAGAAAUUGCAGGUCUCAGUGGUCGAUUUUCAUCCCAGAGAUGGAAGCUAUGGUGACCUUGGCCCAGGUAAACUAUUUUUAGAACACUGCUCCCUAGUUAAGUGGCAUUGGUCACGCUCCUAAAGGUUGCCAUGAUUAAAUUGGGAACAACUGUCUUUUACCAUUCGGAUCCAAAGUUUCAUGAAGCACAGAGAAAAACAGCUAAUUCCGUCAGAGCCAUUCCAUGCCUAUGGGUCCCAAUCUGGCUGCCUUGUUGGACAAGAAGCACUUCCAUUCUGGGCAAAUGAUGGUAGCCAAUGAGGGAAUGUAUCAGAUUCCAAGUUCAGACUGCAGGAUACACGAAUGCUGAGUCCAGAGUCUGUGGUUUGCUCUCUUAGUUUUGUUCUUGAGUCUAAUGCAUUUGUCUUCUCCUGCUACUUUGAAAGAUUAGAAAGUGUGAAAAUAGAGCACAGGUGUUUUUUCUCAUGAUGCAACCUUCCCACAUAGUGUGAGACCCCUUCCACCACAGUUAUGGGAGAAAUGAACUCACAGAAAUGGAAGGCUUCUAGGUUAUUGUAGAAUGUGACUUCACAUAAAGCUCACUGGCUGGAAAUGGGAAUUAAGAGAAAACUUCCCUAUAGGUUUAUAUUUUGUAAUCUUUGAAUAAAUUGUUACCAGUGACAAUGAAAUUAAACAUGAAGUUAAUUAGUGUAAAGUAAGAGGCUGAUUAUGUGAUAACUUUCAGUGUUAUAAUAUAAUUCAGGUUUUCUUCUAGUUCUCUCCCUGCCUCCUCCUACUAUAUAGGAAAUGGUGGCUAAUCCUGAAAAGCAAAACCUCACUCCAAAGGAAUUAGAGUGGGGGAACAUGUGAGAGAAAUAGCCUGUAUGAGAAUGGAGAUCCAGUAUAGAUAGUCAUUAUUUCUAUUUCAUAUGGAAUUUAUUUUGAUAACAGAAAAUUUAUUUUAAAGUUUAAGAGGAAAAUUGCUUGAGACAAGAUGUGUAACGUUUUACUCAGUUAGAGGGUAACAGCCACAGAAUUCCCCAAUUCAGUUGUUUGCUAAACAAAGACACAUCAGGCAGGAGAGGUCAGAAUUUAAAAUGGUGAUGGAUGCAGGAUGAUUUAUUUUUGCAACCAGUUAUUUUUAUGGGUGCUGAGGCCCCUUUUCCUUUUGAGGAGGCCAGCUGUUAGAGCCCAGCUGUUUAACCCUCAGACCUGGCCGUGGAAACCUCCCCAUAACUGGCCUUAUGUUUCUUUCAUGUUUGAUACCUUUGUGGUUCGCAGGUCCACACUACAUGUGGUUUACAACAGCAGAUACUUUGAGAAAACUGCUGGGUUAAGUGGGGCUUUUUCAGACUGACACUGGCCCAAACUCUGCCUCACUUCAACUGCAGUGGGACACAUCUGUAUCGAAGGAUUAGUUCACACCUGAUUUGCCCAGAGACCUCAGGGGAGGUGGGGUAAGCUGGAAUCUACAACAAUAAAGUUAAAGGUAAGGGUGGAAGUCCUUCAGCUUUCAGAUCAACAAGCCUGUUCUGUUCAUUCCCUCUGAAGCAUCUGGCACUGGUCACUCUCAGGCGGCAUACUAGGCUAGAUGGACCAUUGGUUUGACCUAGUAUGACCAGUCUUGUGUUCUUAUGUAAGUCAUCUAAGAGAGACUGACUGCCAGGAUCCCAGGACUGAUCCCCUCUGGGGAAUGAAGCACAAGGUCGACAGACUAUGCAGCCUUUACUAGUCUCUCUGUACCUGAAAAGCCUGCUAGCCCAACGUGCUGGACCAUCUAUGCCAUUACCUGGUUCCUAAACUGCAGCUACAGUUCCUACCCCAUGUGAAUCCAAAGACAAAGAGCUGCAGAGAUCCAACCCCUUGUAAACUUUGAAAUUUAUUUUCCUUUUUCUAUUUUUGUCUAUUGUUUUUUUAUGGAUGUGGAGCCUUCCAGCCUUUCUAUUCGAUUGGGGUGUAACAGUGCGGCUCAGUGGGUGUGAGUGUGUAGACCCCUCUGAAAUCUACACAAGAAGAUGCUAAGAAGAACUAGUUCCCCAAAUCUUAAUAGCCUUAACACUCUGCCCUAUGAAAUGACUGCAGGCAGCUCCUUUCCCUAUGGAAGCAUUGCAAGGAAUUGAGCUGUCAGAUGUGUAUUGUUCAGCGAGAGCUCUUUGAACUUCUUUUACUAAUGUCUCAAUAAGGUCUGUAUCUGUGUUUUGGGGCGAGGAGAAGUAUUAGCGAUGCAAUAAUGAAAUCUAAGGAGAAAACUAAUUAGCUUUGAGGUUGUGGGCUAAAUGAGAGCAAUAAUUUGGUUUUGGUAUUGAAAUAUUCAGCUGGCUAAAUCUGGGUUGCACUGCCUGGGUGAAAAUCCAAUUGGGGUUUCAGCAUCACUAAAUAUGCACCUGCCUUCUUGGGUUGCUGUUUUAGGAUUUAUAAGGGUUGAUUUUCUGCUGUAUUAAACUGAUGGUUUGACUAAAUUAAUGACUUGAUUCCAAUGCAAUAUCCUUGUUAACUCAUUGAUUUACUGAUUUGACCUGAACUUUAUCACUGUAUUGUUUAUCCCUUCGUUAGCUGAGUAGUAUUUAUAGUCAUUUAGCCUUAGUGAUGUGUGUUCUUGGUUUUAUUUGUUCAUGUUAAUAAAAUGUGUAACUGGGA